UGUUUGUUUGUUUCGUCCGUCAAUCACGUCAAUCAGCAGCAGUGCAGUGCAGAAAGCAAAGAAAAGCGAAAUCACGACAAAAAAACACCAAAAACAAAACUGUGUCGAACCACAACAAAAAUAUAUUCGCGUUGUUUUUUCGCUUACCUUACUCAAGAGAAAAAAAAAUCGACGUUCGAAGGCCACACAGGGGAUAAAACCUAGCAAUGCGAUUGAGUCAACAACGAUAGUCAGCAGCAUACAAAAGUUUCCUCCUGGGCUAGCAGCUUUUGUCCUUGUCGAUUGUGUCACGCAGUUUUGAUCGUCCGACCUAUGGCCAACCGCGACGGUGAUCGAUGUCUUCCAGUCGGAUUGUUUCUGCUGUUCCUGCUAUUAGGUAACGCAUCGCCAAACGCUUCGAUCUCACCAUCGUCGGAGGAGCAACCAGCGGUUCUGCUGGUGGUCUCGUAUGACGCAUUCCGUACCGAGUAUCUGCGUCGUAAUUGUACGUUGUUUAUGAACGAACUGCGCCACAAUGGAACGACGGCGGGAUACUUGCGGAAUGUAUUUCCUACCAAAACAUUCCCGAACCAUCACAGCAUCGCGACCGGAGUAUACCCGAAUCAGCACGGGGUGAUGGCGAACGGUCUGUACGAUCAUGGCCGAGGAAAGCUAAAUUAUUCGUACGAGCUUUUCCAUUUCAAUGACGAGCUUGUGCCGAUAUGGAUCUUGAAUCAGCAGCAGGGGGGACAUUCGGGUUGUAUGAUGUGGCCUGGAUCGGAGUUUCCUUACACGAAGUCCAACAUCAGCUGCAGUCACAAUCAGCUCUACAAUUUGACUCUGCCCUGGAACGAGCGAGUCGAUACGGUCUUCCGCUGGAUUCGUGACCCGGCUAGACCUGCCAAUCUGGUGAUGUUGUACAUUGAGGAACCGGACUACUAUGGGCACAUCUACAGCCCCGAAUCGGAUCGGGUGGCGCAACUGAUCGUGAAGCUGAACGAUUUGACGCGGUACAUUUACGAGCGGAUUCGCGAGUUUGACCUCCAGGAGCGGGUAAACGUUGUGCAUCUCAGCGAUCACGGGAUGGAUUCGCUGAUGCCGAAAAAUUUCAUUAAUCUAACCGGUUUCGCACCGGACGAUAUCCGGUAUGACACGUACGGGUCGACUCCGGUGCUGCAGGUGGUGCCGAAGGUCAAACAGCAGACGGCCGAUCUGUAUCGGGCGCUGAAGAACGCCUCGGAACAGAACGGUCAUUUCGAUGUGUACACACUGGAAAAUUUGCCAGCGCGCUGGCAUUUUAACAAUUCCCUGCGGACUGGCCCAAUAACGGCGGUGGCGAAGCUAGGCUACGGGUUCGAUGAUAUGUGGCGGACGGUGGAGUACUAUCGGAAGAAUUUCAACGUCACAGUUACUCCGGAUACAAAGUACGGUGUGCACGGAUACGACAAUCAGUUGGACAUUAUGCAUCCGAUCUUUUUCGCUUACGGGCCUUUGAUACGGGAGCGUACCGUAAUUGAACCGUUCGAUACCGUCGAUUUGUACUACCUGUUUUGCGAGGUUCUUGAGCUGAAAGCGCCCCCGCAGCUGGUUGGUAAUCCGGGUCAUGUUGCGGGUAUUCUGCGGAACGAUUCCCGAGACGACGAUGACGACUCGGGUGAGGGCUCCACCCGGGCCGCUACGCUAGCUGUAAUUUUCGCCGGCAGUUUGCUGGCCUCCUUCGGCCUUGUCAGCAUGCUCGGGGCGGUUGUAAUUUGGCAGCGUCGCCGGCGGGAGAAUCUAGUACCGCACUAUCUGUACGACGAAACGGAAUCGUUCCUGGACGAGGGCAACAAGCUUCUACCAGCUCAUCAGCAGCAGCAACAGCAACAACAACCGCAACAACUUCCGCACCAACAACAACAACAACAACAGUCACAUCAACCCGCUAGUCGUCACCUCUAUCAUCAUCAUCUUCACACGAAUGGGUCCAUCAAUGGGGACGUGGUUUCAAUCGACGUUUGAGUGGGGCUUCCGUCAAUCUAGUUAUUUUCACACACACUCUCUCUCGUCAUUUGUUUGUACAUAAUUCAGCCGGAUAGUUUUGCCUUGGAAAACACAAAACCCUAACCUGGUGGUGUAUGUUGUUAUCAGUAGACAAUUUAAAAUCCCCUCUCCCCUAUCUACCCGUCUGAUACAUAUCAAGAAGCACUUGGACAAUACUGUAUAGCGAGAGAAACGACGGAACUCGUCCCUCACCAGCAAAUUAUCGAUGUUUCAUAGUAGGCGUUGUAGUUUCUUUUAUUCGUAUAAAGUUCACGCUGCAGGCGACAUCAUCAUCGAAAGUGAUUUUUGAGGUUAUAACAGUAAGCAUUUUAAAGCACGUAAAACAAAAAUACACGAAUUUGAAGCCAAUUCGGAGACUGUGAGUAGAAGAAAAAACAAACACUAGAGUUGUGCUAACGAAGCAGAGGAGAAAAAAUAAACAAGCCAUAAUAAUAGAAAAGGUAAUUAACUGUAAUAUUCGCUAUUAUACAAUAACUAUAUAUUUUAAAGUCAGACUGUAGUUGUGUAAAUAAAUCUAACGAAAUACCGAGAGCAAGGUACCAAUAAUAAUAAAAAACAAAAAAAAACAUCUCGCACUUGUAUCGUACACUAGGAAAUAAUUCUAUCAAAAUGUGCCGGCUAGGGGACUUUCUCUCUUGCUCUUCAAUUGAAAAGAAUAACUAACUACUAUUCUGUAACGAAGAUUUUAACUAUCAAAAAAACAAAAACUAAAAUUGUGGUCAAAAGAGAGAAACAUUAUGGCCAGAGUAAGACAACUUCAUGUGAUAUUUUUUACAUACACACACACUCACACAAACACACACACACCGAAACACGCAACUUUCUAAAACGCUUUGUAAUUGUAACUCAUUUUUCCCGAAGAAUUGAAAGAUGUGGUCACCUAUAAUUUAGAACAAAGAACUCUUGAGGGAGCCUCUUCCCAGGCCCAAAAAGUAACUAUACUAAGAGUCUGUCGAGUUAGUCACUAAACUCACAAAGUUAGGUUGGGCAAAAGCUACACUUGAAGUAAAGUAACGUAAUAAAAUUCCCUGAACAUAGAAAA